CCAAAAAAAAUAAAAUAAAAUAAAGUGAAUGCAUGAAUGCUUAGAACUGGAAAAAUUACUCGAUUUGCUGUUUAUGUUUAUCAGAAUUAUAAAUAUCGUUUUUUGUUUUGUGUUUGUAUUCGUAAUUUGAAAAUUGUAUUUACUACCAAACAAACUACAAUGAAAUUCAAUCAUCAGAAUUUAAUCGAUUGUGAUAAUAAUGGUGAUAAUAGUGAUGGUUGUAAUUCAUUGAUAAUGAUUGAUACGAUCAAAUUUUCUAAACAUGUACAUUUUUCACUAAACGCCAUAUAUUAUUGGAUUAUUUCAUCCAUCAUUCUAAUUCAAUAUGUCAACAUUAUCGAAUCAAAAUCCCGUAUACCAGAUAUGUGUGAAAAUGAAUCUGUUGAUUCAGCUGUACGUAUCCGUUUUGAAGAUCAUUUCGAACGUUAUUUUCUUUCAAAUGGUCAUUAUUAUUGGUUAUAUAAUCUUGAUGAACAAUCACCGAAUGAACGUAUUGCUUUGAGAAUUCCUUAUAAUUUCGAACCAGAUGUAGCCAUUGUAAAGGAUACCAGUCAAUGUUCAAAAGGUUAUCGGUCGAUUCUAUUGAUUCAGAUGAAAAUUACAUCGAAUAGACAGGCAGAAUGGUUUCAAUUAGAGAUGAAAAUCAAUCGUUGGAAUAGUACAACGCCAAUUUUCUGGAAUGAAAUACAAAAAAUUGCAAAUUGUGACCUAGAAAAAGAAAUUUGUACGGCAACAGAUCCAUAUUUUAUGACUAUGGCGUUCGAUUUUAAACGAAAAUUAGAUGGAGCUUUCGGUGUUAUUGGUGAUAUUGCUUAUUUCAUACAAGGUGACAAAGUUUUCAAGGUUUUAUAUAAAAACCAAUGUAUCGAUAAUCCAUAUGCCCAAGUGAUUGCAUAUCCUGGCUUAUCUAUUGGUACCACGACGACAGCAGCAUUAGUGGAACCGGGCUUAAAUGAUACUAUCGAUAUUAUUCUUUUUGAUCGUGAUCUUCAUUAUCGUUUAGCUAACCAGGAAAAUUUGGCUGAUGUUCAUUUCACUCAAAAUAUAGCCGAACCAUCAAAUUGGCAGCCAAAUAAUCCAUAUUAUUUUAAAACAUGUCAACAUCCUAACAUAAUGCUCGGUUUGAAUACAUUUGUUCAGGAUUUGUUUACCGAUUCCAAACGACAUUAUUAUCUUCGAAGGAUUAUCUUUGCUAUAUUUUUCAUAUGUCUUAUUUGUAUAUUUUUAUUGGCAAUUCUUUUAUUGAUCCGUAAUAAUCGUAAUCAAAAGAAAAAACAAAGUGAUCAUAAACAAGUUGCUGAAAAAGAAACGCAACCAAAAGAAUUGGAAGCAUGUCUACAAAUAAAUGUGGAUACGGAAACAGGCAAAAUGAAUGGUAACAGUUUGACAGUUUUACAAACAAAUUGUUAAAAAUAAACAUGACCUUAUGAUAGCUUGUUGAUGAUCUCAUUCUUGUUUCAAACCUCAUUGUUCUUUGUACAAAAAAAUUAAAAUUCAAUUAUA